UUUCAGAUUUACGAUCACAUGAUGGCUCUUGGUACUAAUCAACCACAAACAAGUUCCUCUUUAAUGGCUUUUAGUGAGGAAAUAAUUAAACAGUUAACACCAGAAGAGAUUGAUGAAUUCAGAGAAGCUUUUAUGAUGUUUGAUAAAGACGGGAAUGGAACAAUUUCAACAAAAGAAUUGGGGGUUGCAAUGCGUUCUUUAGGUCAAAAUCCUACAGAACAAGAAAUUCUUGAAAUGAUAAAUGAAGUAGAUAUUGAUGGAAAUGGACAAAUUGAAUUUCCAGAAUUUUGUGUUAUGAUGAAAAGAAUGAUGAAAGAAACAGAUUCAGAAAUGAUACGGGAAGCAUUUCGAGUUUUUGAUAAGGACGGAAACGGAGUUAUAACUGCACAAGAAUUUCGUUAUUUUAUGGUACAUAUGGGAAUGCAAUUUAGUGAACAAGAAGUUGAUGAAAUGAUUCAUGAGGUAGACGUUGAUGGGGACGGAGAAAUUAACUAUGAAGAAUUUGUUAAGAUGAUGAGUGAAAGAUGA